AUGAUUAGCUCCUGCGCUUUCCAUCCUGAAAACCAAAGAGAAACCCUCUGCUUAUCUCUUUAAUGCAAGCACAAAGGUUUGAUCUGCUAGCAAUGUGUCCAAGAAUAACAUAAUGGCCACUACAACUUACCACUUAAAUAAUUCCAAGAGUGUCUAAACAACAAUCAAGAAAUCAGUGAGGUAAGCUAGAUGCUCAUUUAGGAAAUUAAAUACUUCUAAGACGAUGUAGACAAUAAGUACAACUCUCUUGUAUCAAACCUCAUCGAAAUCUAAAAAAAGUUCAAUCAAGAAAUUGAAGCUCUUAUCAAAUUGCACUCCUUCAACAAAGAUUAUUCGAAUAAGAUUCUAAACAAAAUCGAGACAUUUUUAGAGAACAUUAAGAGCUUUUGCUCAGUCAACAAUGAAAAAUAAUUAAGUGAUUUAGUUACUUAUUUUUCAUUGAUGGUGUACUAACAUGAAGAUAGUUCAUUCGAAAACAAUUUCAAAAAUCAUCUUGAAGAGAUGAACAUAAAAUCUUAGACAAUUAAAACAUUCUUCAACAAGCAUGAAAUAGAAAUUUUAGAUAAUUGCAAGAGAAUAGAAGAAUCAAUUAGGGAAUUAAUGUGUAGCGAAGUAGAUAUUUUAUAAAUUUUAGAAAUUAAAAAGUAUGAAUCAGAUGCUGACAAUUUUAAGAUUUUAUGUUCUCGUUAGAAAGAUCUUCCCAAGAAAUUCUCUAUCAUAGACUGCAAGAAAUCUCAAAUUGACUCCUUAGAAACUAUUGUAGACAUAGUUUUUAAGUACUUCAACUUUAAGGUUGCAGAACGUGUCUAGAUUCAACUUCGUCAUGCUGAGCAUCAUCAUCUAAUUACAAGUGCUGAAUAGCUUAGCAACUGCAAUUCAGUUAUAGCUGAAAUCAUAUAUUCACCUACCUAAGUCUCUCCUCUUUACGUGAUUGGUAUUUCUGGUAGCACCCGUUGUGGAAAGAGUACAUUAUGUUAAUAACUUUCUGUGGCAUUAAAUGCAGAUAUUUUACACUAAGACUAAUUCUUUGAUAAAAAUAAGAUAUACUCUCAACUUAAUGGUAACUGGGAAAGCCAAGAAUCAAUUGACUGGCAUGCAUUCAAGGAAUUUGUAAUGAGAGAAAUCAACAAGAAGAAAGUUCGUGGUGGUUAUGUCAUUAUUGAAGGAUUGUAAUUAUUCUGCGAAGAAUGGAUGAGAAACAUCUGUGAUGUUAAGUUCUUCUUAGAAGUUGAAGAAAUGACUAUGUAUGUCCGCAGAAUGAGAACAACUGCUGUACCUGAACACUACUUUUGGAAUACAAUUAUUCCUGAAUAUCAAAUCUAUAAGAAAAAACUUGAAACUUAUUAGAGUACCGAAACUGAUAACUCAAAAAAAAUAGUUUAUCUAAAUGGCUAAGAGACCAUCUAAGGUGUAUUUGAAACUGCAUUAAAAUAAAUAAAUUGUUGA